AUUCAUAAUUCACAUGAUAUGGCAAGUUCUAGUACUGUCAAUUACCAAAGCUCUGAUGCUGCUGCUGCUGCUGAAAUUGAUUGGGUUGGGAUUUUUGGUGGUUACUCUGAUGUGAGUUUGGAAAUGGAGAAGGGCAGUGGAGUUAGUGAGGGUGCAACAAUGGCCAUGGGGGAUUAUAACUACCAGAAUGACACUCAUGUUCAUGUUCAUGGAGGGAAGAACAAAGGGAAAAUGGCGAUGGCAAAAAGAGGUGCAAUUCCUAGGGUUGCUUUUCAGACAAGGAGCGCUGAGGAUGUUCUUGACGAUGGGUAUCGAUGGAGGAAAUAUGGUCAGAAGGCUGUGAAACAUAGCACUCAUCCUAGGAGCUAUUACCGAUGUACGCAUCAUACAUGCAACGUUAAGAAACAAAUUCAACGGCAUUCCAAGGAUCCAACCAUAGUGGUGACAACAUAUGAAGGGAUUCAUAACCAUCCAUCUGAAAAAUUAAUGGAGACUCUAACCCCUCUUCUCAAGCAAUUGCAGUUCCUUUCUGGCAUUUAGAAUCUCAUUUUUCUUUUUUCCUUUUGCAAAGUGUAAGGUUGGGAUAUAAAUCACAUUAUUUUUUUACAUUACUUUACUCAACGUCGUCGUCGAUUUCUUCGACAAUGGCUUGCAAUGGUUGCUGUACAAAUGAAAAUUACUAUUCAUGAGUUGAAAUUGUUUUCAUUGAUAAUUAUAUGAUAAGAUAGGUAAAUGAGAUAUAC